AUGCCCACAGCAACAGCCUCCAGCGGCGGGCGGCCAAAGGCCUUUUUUCCCAGGACAGACGCGGUCGUCUUGUCGUCGAAACAUGAGCCCCCGCCAGCUCUCCCGCAGACCGUCUGGCCCAUCUUCGAUCCAGACAAUCUCGAUAAGCCAAUUGAGCCGUGGAAUCCUGAUGUGGAGAAAAACUAUUAUCCUGCGCAAGAUGAUGAAUAUGCGCCGUCGACGGCCCCUGAUGUGCCACUGUCCAACGACGGGCAGUAUCUGCGCGGCUUUUUGGCGGAGAAUGAGAGGCUUAGGUUGUCUAUGCUCUGGUACUACACUCGAGACAUCCUCAACGAGCCCGAGUUCCUCUCUGGGCUGCAGCAGAAAGCAAAUCUAGCUCAAGAAUCCAGUGGCUGGGAUUUUGUCAUCAUUGGCAUUCAAGACCUUAACUAUUAUAUUCGUCUAGCAGCUGUCGGGCUUCCUUUAGCCAUCCAUCCACGCGGAGAAUCUCUUUGUGCUCACACAAUCACUCAGUCUCAUGAUAUUUUCCAACUGCCUAAUAUGAUGGAAGACUGGAGAUUCAGAGACUGCCCGUAUGCUAAGGCUGCUGGACUCCAUGCCUAUGCUGGAGCCCCAAUUCGCCUGCAAAUAGAAGCUGGGGAGCGCGUCAAUGUUGGAAGUGUUACUGUGAGCUCUAAAACGGCCCAAGAACCUUUGACCAAGCUUCAGCAGCAGACGCUUGCUCGGCUGGCUGACUGGGUCGCCGCCGAUAUCGUUCAGUCAGCGAGAGCAAGGCGCCAGCGAGAACGGCGCCGCAUUUCAGAGCUUCUCUCUGCAGCACAGAGCGAAGCGGACAAUACAGGAUUAGAGGAACCAGUUCUGCGGAUACUGAGGACCAUAUACCCAGAUGCGACAAUUACCGUGCAAUCAUCCAAAGACGCUCAUGUCGAGAUUGAGAAUCAUGAACCAGUGCCCGUAUCUGAGCUUGAGGAUGGCCUGUGGGAGGAUACCAUUUUCUUGGAUGAUUUUAUCCAAACCUCGAAUCAAAAACCUUUCCCAUCAGACAAGGUGGUGCGUACAAUUGCUGCUCCUUGCGAGACCUUGUCGGGAUCAUCCCUACUCGUUGUGGCAUCUAAAGACUUUCGGCUUGUGUUUGACGACGUUGACUCUUGGUUUGUCCAAUCGUGCGCAACUAUGCUCUCUCAGAUAUGGCACAAGCGACUCUUAACCGAAGCAAUGAAAGCAAAGGAAAAAUUCCUCCGCGGAUUUUCUCACCAGCUUCGAACCCCGAUCCAUGGAAUUCUCGGCUCUGCAGAUCUCCUAACAGAAGAGCUUGCGUCCCAAAAGCAUCGUGAGAGCACAAAGAUGGAGCCAUUGCCAGACAUUAAGCCGCCGGGCGAACCUGAAGAAUCGAUCAUCUAUCUGGAUACUAUCAAGUCAUCGGGGCGAGACUUGAUUUCCAUAGUCAACAACAUGAUUACGCUAAACAGAUGGGCCGACAUCGCCAUGAAGGAGCGGCAGUACGCUUUGCACACCGUGUACGAGCUCGAGACAGAAUUGUCCAACGAGAUGCGCAAAGCGAUUUCCGAUGAUACUCGCUACAGAGCCUCUGUUUUCUUUAACCAUGACUCCCAAUUGGAUUGCGUCAGCUUCCGAACCGAUAUCGGUCUACUUCGUGAUAGCUUGCUUCAGCUCAUUAUCAAUGCCAUACAGAACACUUCGGAAGGCAUCAUCACAGUGACCAUAACGUUACAGCCAGAUCGCCAACAGCUUGUUGUUGAUGUCGAGGAUACUGGCCGUGGAAUCCAUCCAGAUGACCAAAAACGUAUAUUCGAGCCUUAUGAAAAGGUCGGAAUGCACUCAUCGGGCGCCGGCUUAGGCUUGACCCUCGCCUCCAAUUUUGCAACACUGCUCCACGGCUCUGUCAGUCUAGUGUGGUCAGAAAUCGACCGCGGGUCACAUUUUACGGCAGCCUUUCGGGAAAUGGAGUGUGUUUCUUUACCACCAUCGCAGCCGCUGGCUCAAAAACUCAAGACCUUGCCUUCCAUAUUCUACAACAUGACGUCCGGCCUGGACGGUGCAUCAUUAUGCAGCAACUUCACUCGCUUUUUGACGAGGAAUGGGUUUAAAUCUUCGGAUAGCUUAGAUGACUGCUUUGUGGUUUUUGACUAUGUGCCCGGACUGGGAAAGCACCGUUCACAUGUAUCUCAGAUCCCAUCAGAAAAAGCUGCCAUCUGCCUCGUCCCAGCUUCGGAAGGGAGCUUUUGCUUGGAACAACAUCCUAAGAACAUAUUUUACGUCACAGCGCCGUUUGUAACUUCUACGAUGAGCUCGGCACUUGAAGACGCUGAUGACUAUCUCUCGGAAGUUAAAGCCUCACAAGCCUAUAUGUCUCAACUAACUAUGCCCACUCCGCCAGAAGACAGGCUUCCGUCUUUCUUCGACAGACAGAAAACCAACCCAUCUACUGGUAAUGAUGGUCUGUUGACGCCACCAUCUGAUCGUAGCGGGAAAACUUCUGUGAAAGCGGGUUCCGUCGCCUCGAUCCCCUCGUCAAUCGCUAAUUCCAAACCCAUGGCACUGCUUGUUGACGAUAACAACAUCAACCUCCGAAUAUUGCAAAUGUACUGCACCAAACGAGGACUUCCCUACUGCUCCGCGACUGACGGCCUGCAAGCUGUGGAAGCCUUUUCGAAGCAGCAGUCAUUGGCUGCCAAUGGCGAAGGAACAUGGAUUCAGCUGAUCUUCAUGGAUCUCCAAAUGCCGGUGUGCGACGGUUUCAAGGCGACCCAGCAGAUACGACAGCUGGAAAAAGAGAACAAUUGGGGGGAAAGCAUUGUCUUUAUUGUGACUGGCCAAGAUAGCCAAACGGAUAGGACGACGGCAGAGGAAGUUGGUGCUGAUGAGUUUUUAGUAAAGCCUGCUCCUGUUAAAGUCUUGGAUCGCAACGUCGUUCGACACUUUCCAUCAUUUAAAGUUGGCUGA